AUGCAUCCAACGGUGGUAACCGGGGCCCCUAAUCUCAACAUAUCCAUCGCCGCGCCCCCAGCAUGGACCUAUCUCGCCGGGGACACAAUAAUCGGCAGCGUGAACCGCAGCUCACACCUCGUGGCCCCUGACGCCAAAAUCACACUAGUGCUGAUAGGCCACGCAAAAGCCCGUUUGAUAUCCGACGGCUACCCACACAAAUCCACCUACUACGGCGACUGGGAUCUCUUCAAGCCACCACGACAAGUCCUACUGCGUGGACCAAUCCACAUCCCCGAGCCAAGCGUCCCAACCGACUGGAUCAACAUCCCCUUCUCCUUGAAGAUCCCCCGUACAACUCCACACUGGCUACUCGGAAAUCACGCACAAACUGAGAGCUUCUUACCCCUCGGUACAAGCACCCGACACCCACUACCAGCAACGUAUGCCACCGAAUGGCCCGGCGCGAAGAUCUGCAUCGAGUACUAUCUCCAAGCGAAGCUGCAGUAUAUGCGCAAAGGAUUAUGGCGAGUCCAGCGCGCAACAGCUCCUAUCAGACUAGGACACCCGACAGUCGACGCAGACGAGAUCCGCUUCGCGCUGCAGCGAUGUAGUAUCACGAGCCGGGUGCGGAGCCAGCGACUUCUUCCGUCGAUGCAGGGUGUUGAUUUGACGUUGACGCAAAAGACGCAGAAGUUACUUGGAUUAUCGAUGGUUCCGGGGUAUUGCUUUGAGGUUGUGAUGUGGGUACCGGUUGCUAUUCAGCUUGAGAAUCCGGCGCCGAUUCCGCUUUGUGUCAGUGUUAUACCACAGCGGGAUGGGACGAGUGGUGUUAUCAGGGAUGUUGUGCAGAGAGUUCGGAUUGUCUCGAUUAAGAUGACUUUGCUGUCGGAGGUUGAGAUUGUUGUGAAGCCUAGUGAGGCUGGUUUUUUUAAACUUCCGAAGGAUGGACAUAUUUUUGCUCAGAAUUUGGGACUGGAGAAGGUAUUUAAACAGCUCAAGAUCCCUAUUGUUGCUUUUGCUGGGGAAAAUGAUAGGUCUGUGGAUAUUGGGGCUGUUGUUCGGCUUGUUCUUGGACGUGAUGGGUUGAGAAGUGAUGGAAGGCGUCUCAGUCCUUUGAACACCUGCCUCCAGCCUAGUUUCGUCACGUUCAAUACUAGGCUGAGCCACUCGAUUCUGUGGCAUGUAUCCCUCAAUAUUGCAGGCGAGACGCGGACUGUGAUGAUGAAGACAAGCGUCAUUGUGUACAAUAGUGUCUUGAGGCCAUAG